AUGUUGGUGAAGAUGGUUAGAGCUGGGGUUGAGCCACAUCUUCUUGAUCGCAAACGUCCGAUACAGGUUGUUGAGCUUUCGUACGAAUCGAUGGUCAUGGCCAUGUGCGUAUUGACGAGGGCACCUGUGCCGCAUUCCGGUCUCAAAUACAGCAUGCAGAGGGCGACGCCUUCUCGUCUUGGUAAUUCCGAUGACGUCUGUUGA